UGCCUGCCCGGAGCCCGCGGGUCCCUGCGAGGCGCCGCGGAGCGAGGAAACUCCAGCCGGCGCUCGGGGCUUGCGAAGAACUGCGAUCCAAGGGAACUUUUCAGUGUCUCCGCGGUGCUGAAAACAAGAGCGAAGGAGAGCCUGGUUGUGUGUGUUGGUGUUUACAAGUGGUUCAGGAUAGGUAAAAAGAAGAUGUCGGGUCGCCGUGUCGCUGCAGCGUGUGACAGACGACAGCUGCCCCGGGGCAUGGGGAGCAUGGCAGCCCCGCUGCUCGACCCGCGCCCGCUCCGGCUGCCCUUUCUCGAGGCUGACAGCCGCCUCCCAUCGAUGUGCGGGCGCUCGAUGCAGCAGCCUUCGCGGAGGAGCGUCCUGCGAGCCCGGCCGCCCCCGCCGCUGCCGCCGCCGCCGCUCGAUGCGCUCCGCGCUCCCGCCGCCAUCUUAGGGGCAGAGCGCGGGCGGCAGAAGGAAGGCUCGGCCCCCCCAAGGCAGUCCCUGCUCACAAUGUAUAGGACAAAAGUCAGUUUGAAAGACCGCCAGCAACUUUACAAACUGAUAAUUAGCCAGCUGCUCUAUGAUGGAUACAUCAACAUUGCCAAUGGCUUGAUAAAUGAGAUCAAACCACAGUCUGUGUGUGCACCCUCUGAACAACUGCUGCACCUAAUUAAGUUAGGCAUGGAGAACGAUGACAGUGCCGUGCAGUACGCCAUCGGCCGCUCGGACACCGUGGCGCCGGGCACCGGCAUUGACCUGGAGUUCGAUGCUGACGUGCAGACCAUGUCCCCUGAGGCCUCUGAGUACGAGACCUGCUAUGUGACAUCCCACAAGGGACCCUGCCGCGUGGCCACCUACAGCAGGGACGGGCAGCUGAUAGCCACGGGCUCGGCCGACGCCUCCAUCAAGAUCCUGGACACCGAGAGGAUGCUGGCCAAGAGCGCCAUGCCCAUCGAGGUGAUGAUGAAUGAGACAGCCCAGCAGAACAUGGAGAACCACCCGGUGAUCCGGACUCUGUACGAUCACGUGGAUGAGGUGACGUGUUUGGCUUUCCACCCAACAGAACAGAUCCUGGCUUCUGGCUCAAGGGACUACACACUUAAAUUGUUUGAUUAUUCAAAGCCUUCUGCCAAAAGAGCCUUCAAGUACAUCCAGGAAGCAGAGAUGUUACGCUCCAUUUCUUUCCACCCUUCUGGGGAUUUCAUCCUGGUGGGGACCCAGCACCCAACCCUUCGUCUGUACGACAUCAACACCUUCCAGUGCUUCGUGUCCUGCAACCCCCAGGACCAGCACACGGACGCCAUCUGCUCCGUCAACUACAACGCCAGCGCCAACAUGUACGUGACAGGCAGCAAGGAUGGCUGCAUCAAACUCUGGGAUGGGGUCUCCAACCGCUGCAUCACCACCUUUGAGAAGGCACACGAUGGAGCUGAAGUCUGUUCUGCUAUUUUUUCCAAAAAUUCCAAGUAUAUUUUGUCCAGUGGGAAAGACUCUGUGGCAAAGCUCUGGGAGAUAUCCACUGGGCGGACGCUGGUGAAAUACACAGGUGCAGGUCUGAGCGGGCGCCAGGUGCACAGGACCCAGGCUGUGUUCAACCACACGGAGGAUUACGUGCUGCUGCCCGACGAGCGCACCAUCAGCCUGUGCUGCUGGGACUCGCGCACGGCCGAGCGCAGGAACCUGCUGUCGCUGGGCCACAACAGCAUCGUGCGCUGCAUCGUGCACUCGCCCACCAACCCCGGCUUCAUGACCUGCAGCGACGACUACCGGGCCCGGUUCUGGUACAGGAGAUCCACCACGGACUGAGGCAGCUCGGCGGCGCUGGGAUUCUGUCACGCCUGGCAGGAAAUAGCAAAUAUCGAGACUUUGCACCCCACGCUAGUUUUUUUAUUAGCGUGCGUGGUUUAAUUUUUGUAAGUCAUCUCUAAUUGUCCUGAAGGAGGGGGUGGAGGAUGAAAUGAUCCUGGCAGGAAGGGCUAAGCUUGUUCCCCUGCCUGGAAUCACACACGUGAUUAUGGGACUGUGUCCUGCUCAGAAGGAGCCAGUUCUGCUCUGUGUUGUGUCUGUGCAAUCCCUCUGAACUCUGGCAGAGAAGAGAUCACACAAAGAGCAGCAGAACUUGGUGUAGAAACUUUAACAAAGCCUUAAGCUGCCUUCAGCCACAAUUCAUUAUUUGUAAAGCUCUGGUUUGUAUCCUUCAGUCUGGGGUUUUGGUGAAUUCUUUUGUGUUUUUUGUUUCUUGGCCGAGUAGGCCUGCAAUUCUGAGUUGUGCCAUAAGAAUUCAAACAGGAUUUUCAAUUGUUUAGAUGAAUUCAAGAAAUGGUCUUCUAGUUCUCGUGUUAAAGUCAGACUUCAUCUCAUCUUCUUCUGAAUUUAUCUUAACAAGUGGGACCUCAAAGUGAAUUCCUAAUAGUUUUAAGGAAUAUCCACAUUGCAAUUAAAUGUGACAGUGCUGCUGCAAGUGAAAGUAAUUUUGCCUUAGAGACCUUUAAUAUCCUCUCAAAGAAAGAAACCUGUGCGUCUGAAUUUUUGUAUGUGUACCUCAGAAAUGUCACUUUCAUUUGACUGAGAAAUCUUCAUCUAUGUCUUACACAGCACUUCAAUGACAUUCUUUUUUUAUUAGUCACAAACCCAGUGCCCAUUGUUGAGAAACUGUGCUUAAAACUUCUCCAAGUUGGAAAAUUCACUACUUAUUCUCCCAGAGAUCUGCCUGAGCAGAGCCUUAAAUUUGUUUUUUGAGGCCUCCUCAUGCAGAGCUCCUGGGCAUCACAGCUGGGAGGCUCCUUGGGUCAGAGCUCAGCACUUGCCUUGGUGAGGGUUUUGAAAUUGAGGUGGUUCUUGCUGCUGGAUUAACUUCCAUUAUUACACUGAGGAAUUGUCAAGGGCUGGUGAGGGUACAGGUUUUGUCUGUAUUUAAAUAAAGAUUGCCUUUUAAAAAGCUCUUUGAUACAUAAA